UCGCGAGCCCUACUGCUGGCUGUGGAUGUGGCUGUGCCCUCGUCCUCUCUCCUUCCAGAGGAGAACUUUAGGAAACGGCACGUUUCAGCGUGGUUUCAGCUCUCACUUUCCUUUCGCACUUUCUACCCGAUCCUCCUGAGACGUCGUCUUUCCUUAAUCUCUCCGAGUAUGGAAGGAAACAGACGAUCCUUCUUUCAGAAACAUUCUAACCUUCAAUUUAAGAGAAAAGGAGGCAGCAGAAAAGGAAAUUGGUCCAACUCUAGUCGAGAACAAUCUUCUGGAAAUCCUCAUGCCACAGACACUGUCUAUCGGAUACUCUGCCCUUCUAGAAAGAUCGGAAGUGUUAUUGGUAAAGGUGGAAACAUAGUCAAAGCCCUUAGAGAAGAGACACAUGCAAAGAUUACAGUUGCUGAAUCUGUCCCUGGCUCAGAUGAGAGAGUGAUAAUCAUCUAUAGUGCUUCUACAAAGGUCCAUAGGGAAAACGAAAGUGAUGAGGAUCAAGAUCCAGCUGCAGAUAAAGAAGAUGAAUCCAUGGAGCCACAUUGUGCUGCCCAAGAUGCUCUAUUGAAAGUUUAUGACAGAAUUGUCGAGGAAGAGCUUGUUGGUGGAAUGGAAGAUGAAGAUGAGGGUGGAAUUGUUGUCACUGUACGCCUUCUUGUUCCGAAUAAUAUGGUAGGAUGCCUUCUUGGCAAAAAGGGAGAUGUCAUUCAGAGAUUACGAAGUGAUACAGGUGCAAGCAUUCGAGUUCUUCCAGCAAAACAUCUUCCCACCUGUGCUACGGACACUGAUGAAUUGGUGCAGCUAUCAGGAAAACCAGCAGUUACCAAGAGGGCUCUUUAUGAAGUUUCUACUUUGCUGCAUCAAAAUCCAAAAAAAGAUAAACCUCCUUUGAACUUCCCGAUGCCUUAUGGUGCCCAAGGUUUUCACCCCCCUGGUCCUCCCAUGGCUAAUUUGCCCCCUCCAGAUCCAGUGUGGUCUGGAAGGCACCCUAAUUCUCGUGAUAUUGUGCCGCCAAUGUCAUGGAUGGAGGGACAUGGAAACCAGCAGUUUGACUAUGGACCAGGUGAUUAUAAUGGUGGCCCUCCUAUGCAUGGUGGGGAAGCUCCAAGUGAGUUUUCCAUGAAAAUUUUGUGCUCAGCUGGGAAAAUUGGUGGGGUUAUUGGCAAGGGAGGCUUCAACGUGAAACAGUUACAGCAGGAGACUGGAGCAAGUAUUCAUGUGGAGGAUGCAUCAGUGGACUCUGAAGAACGUGUGAUUCGAGUAUCUUCCUUUGAGGCUCUUUGGGAUCCUAGAUCACAAACUAUUGAUGCAAUUCUCCAGCUUCAGAAUAGAACAAGUGAUUUUUCGGAGAAAGGAAUUAUUACCACAAGACUUCUUGUUCCUUCAAGUAAAGUUGGCUGCAUUCUUGGACAGGGCGGUCAAGUAAUCAAUGAGAUGAGGAGGAGAACCCAGGCAGACAUCCGUGUUUACUCCAAGGAAGAUAAGCCCAAGUGUGCAGCCGGUGACGAAGAGCUUGUGCAGAUAUCUGGAAACUUUGGUGUUGCAAAAGAUGCUCUAGCAGAAAUUGCGUCAAGGCUAAGAACAAGAUAUCUGAGGGAUGCUAAUGCUGUAGUAGACCCUGCUCCAGCCGGACCACUUAGGGGAUAUGGUCCUGCAGGAAGUUUUCCUGGUGGAGGGCCGCAUCCACCUGGCCCCGUAAGAGCUGGGAGCCCCAGUGGAUAUGAAUUUGCAAAGGGUGGCAUACGUGAAUAUGAACACUCAAGCUAUCCAGUUACUCCGAGUGCUACUAGAUAUUCUAGCAUCAACAACGCUGUGGAUAUGAGGGUGCCAACUAAUGUUGCUGUAGGUUCUUUAGCUGGAAAAGGAGGGAGUAAUGUGAGUGAGAUUGCUGGAACAAGGUUGAAGCUCCAUGAUCCUCACCCUGGUGGUGUUGACCUUGAUAUUCAUGGGUCUUCUGAGCGUUUGACUGCUCACCAGAGCAUUCUUCAUGGGUAUGCUGCUCCUACUGGACAAAACAAUCCGCCUCAAGGUUCCUUCCAGAACUAUCACACCCCACAAAGUGCAUAUCCAAAUUUCAGUGCUCCGCAGAACCCCUAUCAUAACACCAUUGCCCAACAGUCUCCCUACCAGAACAUGAAUUCUCAGCAGACCCCGUAUCAGCACUUCAACGCACAGCCAGCUCACUACCAUAACGUAGGCGCACAAGGUUCUUACCCUUACUGAAUAGAAUUCUGCUGAUUUUUGUACCAUAAUUUCCUGUACUGUCUCAUAAUUUGAUGAUUGUUGCUGGCUUUAUCAGCAUUUAGUUUUUUCAUGACUAUAACUUUCCAAGUUUUUCCUUGUCAUGGAUAAGAAACUUUUGGCUAUAGGGAAAACUAUAAUUGUCUGCUAGAGAGCAAGCUGCUUGGUUUAUCUGCUUAGCGAUGUACUAGUUUCUGUAUAGAGAAAUCUAGUUAUUGAUUGCCAUAUUUUGGAUUUAGAUGAUGAUUUUCUUCUGUUUUGGAAA